CUAACUAAGCUGUGAAUCCAUGUCAGUAACUAGCUUCUUAUUUAGGAUGAUAAGAGCUAUGAAUCUUCCCCAUGUCGUUUUCAUGUAUGACAAGAUCUGUCAUUCUCUGUGCACGUCCUGCUGCCAAUCGUCGUUUUUACGGAGGACUAUCUACGUUGGAUAGUACAUACAUAGAUCUUGUACCAUACAAUUCCCAAGAUCCAGUACAUACAAUAUGACAAUGGCAGCACUCCCCACUGCACAGUUGAUCAUAUACUGCAUCCUUGCCCUUCCUGUUCUUUACUGUCUCUACUCUCAUGGGAAACCCGGUUUACUAGGAUGGCUUUAUCUCUUCGUUUUCUGCACCCUACGCAUUAUUGGCUCCGGCUUGGAGCUUAGACAAGGGGAUCUCGAUUCCAGCAGCUCCAGCGCGCUACUAGUCAAUAACAUCGGUCUUUCUCCCCUCCUUCUGGCAGCGAUGGGCAUAUUGCAUGAAGCACGAGCAGCUCGAAAUCUGAUCUCGAACGCUAAACUGGAAUGGGCAUUCGUCUUGAUCUACCAUGUCGCCGUCAGCGCCAGUCUGGCUAUCAUCGCCUGCGCCAUCAGUGCCCUUACGAACAAGGACUCAAAAAUGUCAGCUACAACAUCUUUGGAUCUAGUGAAAGUCGGCUUCGUCAUAAUGCUAGUGUGCUGGUUGGCACUCGUGGCGUGGACGUCGAUAAGCUCACGAACGCCGAGAGACUGUGACCUUAUCUCCAGGAGAUACGUGGAUGGGAUUAAGUUAACAUAUGCCGUCGUCAUAUCGUGGCCCCUGAUCAUGCUUCGCGGUAUAUAUGGACUCAUCUCAGUCACGAAGCCUUCAUCGAGGUUUUCAGAUUCGUUAGCUGCAAAUGUCUGUUUGAGCGUUGUUCCGCAGUUGCUUCUUGCGGUUAUAUUUGUCCUAGUGGGCAUCUGGACACGCCAUAUUGACGAGAAGCAAGAUGAGAGGCUCAAAGAACCACAACGUUAUGCCCGCGAUGACGAGAUGGUAACUGUCUGGCAGCCAGAGUCUGGUGACGCUGGAAUUAUGGCUAAAUAAUGUGAAUAAUCUACUUAUGUAUACUCAUCUAUAGAAUCACUGGAUAAAAACGAAGACUCAAGGUAGAGUUCAGUUGUUUUUCUCUCCGCCUUUCUAUACAGAGAUAUGAAAAGCGACGAGACCAAUGCAUCGUGGAGUUAUCUACAGCUAUGAUUCAUAUCCUCAAUUUUUCUA